UCUUUAGUUAACCAAAGGAAGUUUUAAAGAUUAUUUUUGUUUAUUUAUAUUGCAUAUUGUUAUAUUUUCAGGAUAGAAAUGGAGCUCAGACAAGAUUCAGUUAAUCCACAUUGGACCUUCACAAAAGCAAAGUCACAUUAUCAAAGAAGCAAAAGUGGAGCAAUUAGACGUCUUCCAGAGACCCCCAUGAAACCUACUGGAAGUCAACAAGUUCAGAGGUCUUGUGCCCGAAGUAGGAAUGAUACUCAUGAUAAAGGCAAAGCCAGAAGUCGCACAAGGUUGGGUGCUGAAGAGGCACGAACCAUGGACUCGGCGCUAGAUCUACAGCCAAGAAGAAUCUUUUCUGCUGAAGAGGUAUCAAAGGUCAUUAAAUCUGUCCUUGAGAAACAACUCCAAGAUGUUGAGUAUGAUGUUACAGGGAGCCACCAAAGAGCUCUGGAGCUGGCACAGCUUGUUAAGGAGGCAGUGAAGGCACUGGGAUAUGAAAGAUACAAACUUGUUUGCUACAUUGUCCUUGGCCCGGUAUCUCAAGGAGCCAUUUGCUGUUGCAGCAGGAGUGUGUGGAGUCCCACAUCAGACACCUUUGCAGAGUAUGUGUUCAGGAAUCAAUCCGUAUUUGCGCUUUGUGUUGUGUAUGCUGGCUACUACGAGUGACACCUGCAGGCCAAACUGUUUCUGAAUAUCACUUCCUGCGUAUGAAACGUUUUUUUUUUUACAAAAUUAGGUAUUCAUGCAUUUUUAACUUCACACCAAUUCACACCAGUGUAAGCUCUCUCUGUAGAUCUGCAAGCUAUCCUAUUAAUACAGCAGUAUGAUGAGCUGGGUCUCAUCCACAUACAAGUCCUUUAUUAUUUCCUUUGAUUUUAUUAAUGCCUUAUCAACACCUUGUACUUUUUCUGCAUCUGUCCGCUUAUCUAUUCUCCCCCCCCAGCUAAAAACAAAAGUUAUGUAUUU